GAACCUGCGUCUUCAUCUCUCGGCGGUGGCUCCAAGAAAACAGAUCACACGUCGCCUACCUCUUGGUCAGAAGGCAGUGCCAGCAAAAGUAUCGAAGAAGACCAAGACGAAGAUGAUCCUGAAAAGGCAAUAAUCCGAAACGGUGCCAGAAUCAAUUAUCAGACAAAAGCAGAGAACAUUGACGCGUCUAGUCCAUCAGCCAGAAAAACCGAAAGACAAAACAUUCUCCAGCAAGAACUCGAAGUUUUGCAGGGCCUCGCUCUGCGCGUCAAACUCGCCCUACAGCAAGCAUCCGCCAACGCUCUGAGCCAGUGUGAAGAUCGGUGUCCUCACUUUUCAGUUUGGAAAAAUCAUCGUGCAGCAGCUGCUUCGAAAAAACGUAUAUUCUUAGGCCUCGAGAAGCAGGGACAAAGUGCGAGCGAUGAUCAUCGGAUUCAAAAUAACAAUGUACCAUCACAUUCACUUGCUGCAGCUGCAGAGGAGGCAGUAGUAGAGCUGU